GACUUCUUAUAAGAAGAUGACACUAGCGCUUAAGAAAUGAACCAUUAUCUAUGCUCAGUACUAGACGUCAUUGGAUCGCAAACAAAAUUAUAAAAGCCUCGUAAAAUUUAUAUGAUUAUGCGUCGUAUUUUUCCUUGCAAGAGGUGCUACUCUCAAUAUUUUAAAAAUGUAAAAAGGAUCGCGUGGUAUAUUUACUAUACAUUUUAACCGUAAAAAUCCAAAUGUGUUCAAACGAGACUCUGGUGGACCAGCUGGAAUGUUAUGUGGAUGAUUUAGUGGAAUGUUUCGAAGAUUUUGUCAAGAAAUCACUGAUCGUCAUCACUAUUGCUGUCGGUGCUGUCAUUGGACUUCUGGUUUAUGUGCUUAAGAUGGUCACUGAAAGACAGGAAGCUCUUAGUCACGCCAGUAUCGUACCAGCUCUAGAAGACAUUUCUCGUCAGAGGGGUAAUUCAUCUGACCCAAAUAACAUUCCUACAAAAACAAGUGAAACAGUACUACAUGACUACGAAGCAGAAAAUACGCUGAAUGCAGAAAUCGAUAAGAACGCUAAGAAUUCUCCUGAUACAUCUACUAAAUCAGCCAAUACGUUACCGUUGCCUGUAAUCGCUGGUUUUGACGCGAAAGUAUUGAGAGAUAUCGGGUUAUCCGACUGUUCUAAAAACUGCAAAGAAAGAAUACUAUCAUUGAAUCGUGAUCAAACUAAUAAAAGAAGCACGAGCUUAAAUAAAAAUCAAGAUACAGUCGAAACAAAAACCUCUUGUUGUUCCAUUUGCUGCGAAGAUGAAGAUACAGAAAAAAUAAAAGAAAAAGAUAUAUUGUUACCCAGUUAAUCACAAUACGUUUUCAUAUUUAUCCAGCUGAACAAAAUGUCAAAAAGUUCUUCAAAGAUUUGAUCUUACUGAACCAGACCACUUAACUGUGUCUUUUGGAAACAAAAAAAGUCAGGGUUUAUUUUUUUCUUACUUACCAAACUUAUCAAAAGCUUUGUUGCAUGUUAGAAAAAAUUUGAUGAUUACGAUUAUUACUUCGAAAUUGGCAAAGUGAAAGGAUAUUUUUAUCUGGAACUCAUGGAUGCAUCCUAACCUAAUUAUCAUUGGUAUUUCUUUGAAGAAAAAUAUACGCAUAAAUCAAACUUUACGGUACGCACAUUUAUGAAAUAUGUAUUGUCUUAAAAUAUUUAAAAAUAAUAUGUUUCUGAUUGUUUUUACUGUGUACGUUUUGUACAGUUAUUUCUGAAAUAAAUAUAAUAAUAUU